AUGGUUGCUGGAAGGAAUGAUGAUCCGCUUGCGGCGACACUGGCCUUGUUGUCUGGUGCCAUUUCCCAAAUGAAUGUUGGUGAUCGGGAGCGUGAUGCUAAUGAGUUUCGUGCUUUGGGGAAGUUUCAGAGGAACAAUCUACCAACUUUUGAAGGAGCCCAUGAACCUGACAAAGCUCGAGAGUGGUUGAAGGCGAUUGAAAAAAUAUUUCGAGUUAUGAACUGUUCAGAUACGUUGAAGGUGCAGUUUGGCACUCAUAUACUUGAGAAAGAAGCUGAGGAUUGGUGGCGCAACAUUGUUCAGAGAUUUGAUGAGGAUGAAGACGUUCAUGGAAAGAAGGAAAUUGAAUUCAAUGAGUUGAAGCAAGGUAAUGGUACUGCAGCUGAGUAUGCUGCAAAGUUUGAGGAGUUGAUCAAAUUUUGUCCCCAUUACAAUACUGCUAAUGCUAAGAGAUCUAAGUGUCUUAAGUUUGUGAAUGGCUUGAGACUUGAUAUAAAGAAGGAAAUGGGUUACCAACAGAUUACGAUAUUUUGUGAGUUGGUUAACAAGAGUAGGAUCUAUGAUGAGAAUAGUCGUGAUAGUUCUGCUCAUUACAAGUCCUUGCAUGAUAAGAAAGGAAAAGGGCAAUUCCGAGGGAAACCGUAUUAUGGCAAGAAAAAAUCUGGUGAUGGCAAGAAGCCGAGUGGGGGAGGAUCUCACACUCCUGUCAAGAAGAUGGUUGCUGGAAGGAAUGAUGAUCCGCUUGCGGCGACACUGGCCUUGUUGUCUGGUGCCAUUUCCCAAAUGAAUGUUGGUGAUCGGGAGCGUGAUGCUAAUGAGUUUCGUGCUUUGGGGAAGUUUCAGAGGAACAAUCUACCAACUUUUGAAGGAGCCCAUGAACCUGACAAAGCUCGAGAGUGGUUGAAGGCGAUUGAAAAAAUAUUUCGAGUUAUGAACUGUUCAGAUACGUUGAAGGUGCAGUUUGGCACUCAUAUACUUGAGAAAGAAGCUGAGGAUUGGUGGCGCAACAUUGUUCAGAGAUUUGAUGAGGAUGAAGACGUUCAUGGAAAGAAGGAAAUUGAAUUCAAUGAGUUGAAGCAAGGUAAUGGUACUGCAGCUGAGUAUGCUGCAAAGUUUGAGGAGUUGAUCAAAUUUUGUCCCCAUUACAAUACUGCUAAUGCUAAGAGAUCUAAGUGUCUUAAGUUUGUGAAUGGCUUGAGACUUGAUAUAAAGAAGGAAAUGGGUUACCAACAGAUUACGAUAUUUUGUGAGUUGGUUAACAAGAGUAGGAUCUAUGAUGAGAAUAGUCGUGAUAGUUCUGCUCAUUACAAGUCCUUGCAUGAUAAGAAAGGAAAAGGGCAAUUCCGAGGGAAACCGUAUUAUGGCAAGAAAAAAUCUGGUGAUGGCAAGAAGCCGAGUGGGGGAGGAUCUCACACUCCUGUCAAGUGCUUCAGAUGUGGUGUUAAGAGACAUCGUGCUCCCGAUUGUCCUAAGGGCGAUGUGAUUUGUUUCAAGUGUGGCAAGCAAUGUCACAAAUCUUUUGAUUGCAGAGUUGGUUUGAAUGUGACUUGCUACAACUGUGGUGAGAAAGGGCAUAUUAUUACCAAGUGCAACAAGCCGAAGAAGGAGCAAGCCAAAGGGAAAGUGUUUGCACUGUCCGAUGCUGAUACUUCUACUGAGGAGAGAUUGAUUCGUGGUAUGUGCUUUAUUAAUAAUAUGCCUUUGAUUUCGAUUAUUGAUAUCGGUGCGAUGCAUUCUUUUAUUUCUUUGGAUUGUGCUAAGAGAUUGAAUCUUGAAUUGUCUAUUAUGCGUGGAAGCAUGGUUAUUGAUACUUCGGCUAUGGGUUCAGUGACUACUUUAUCUGUUUGUUUGAAAUGCCCGUUGAAUAUUUAUGAUAAAGAUUUUGAAGUUGAUUUAGUGUGUCUUCCAUUGAGUCAACUUGAUAUUAUUUUGGGAAUGGACUGGUUGAGGUCCAACCAUCUCUAUAUUAGUUAUUUUGAGAAAGUUGUUCUUUUUCUUGAGCCAGAGAAGGAAGGUGAUUUAUUCUUGUCUACUCAACAAGUGAAUGAAUCUGUGUGA